AUGGCCGCCUCAGGGAUGAAGGAGUGCUCGCAGAUGCCUGAGCUACAGGAGCUCCGAGCUGGGCCCAUGGAAGACCACGUGAAAAACGCCUCGUCAGUUGGACCCCCUCACCCUCAGGCCCCAUUCGGGAACUCUCUGCCGAGCUUGGCUGAACAUGGCCCUGUCUGCAUUCCUUCACCAAGCGAAUACCCGACACUGGCCUUCUACAGUCCCUCCAUCCUGGGGUACAGUAUGCCCAGUGAUGCCAGUGGACCAGAUGGGGCCAUUGUCAGGCAGAGCCUGAGUCCCUCGAUGUACUGGUCAUCAGCCAGCCAUGUUUCUCCCAUCUCCAUCCACUGCCAGCAGCCAAUCAUGUACACUGAGCCACCCAAGAGUCCUUGGGAUGACCUGAGAGUCGGGGAGCAGCAUCUGGUCAACAGGGAGCAUUUGAGGAAAAAGCCGGUGCCACCCAGCUCCUCCAUGAACUGCUCGAGGCGAGAUGCCCAUUUCUGUGCCGUUUGUAAUGAUUUUGCUUCGGGUUAUCACUAUGGAGUCUGGUCAUGUGAGGGAUGCAAAGCUUUCUUCAAACGAAGCAUCCAGGGGCACAAUGCGUACAUCUGCCCGGCAACAAACCAGUGCACCAUUGACAAGAACAGGAGGAAGAGCUGUCAGGCCUGUCGGCUCCGCAAGUGCUACGAAGUCGGAAUGAUGAAAUCCGAUACACGGAGAGACCGUUGUAGUUACCGUUUGAACAAGCAGAGCCGCAUUGCCAGUCCUCAGAGCCAGCCCGGGGGCAGGGGGAAGAGGCGAGUGGAAAGUGAGCUGACCAACAUCGCUGCGCCAUGUCUGGGGCAACUAGGCCCAGAGAAGCUGCUGAGCUCCCUGUUAGAGGCAGAACCUCCCAACGUCUACUCACUGAAACAACCCAACAAACCCUACACUGAGGCCUCCAUGAUGAUGUCACUGACCAACCUGGCCGACAGGGAGCUGGUGCACAUGAUCGCGUGGGCAAAGAAAGUUCCAGGUUUCCUUGAGUUGGAUCUCCAUGACCAGGUCCAGUUGCUGGAGUGUUGCUGGUUGGAGGUGCUCAUGGUCGGCUUAAUGUGGAGGUCGAUUGAAUAUCCCGGAAAGCUGCUGUUUGCCCCCGACCUCAUCCUGGACCGGGAUGAGGGACAGUGUGUCGAAGGGAUUCUGGAAAUCUUUGACAUGUUACUGGCAGCAACGUCCAGAUUCCGGGAGUUGAAAUUGCAGCACGAGGAAUACCUGUGUCUGAAGGCAAUGGUGCUCCUGAACUCCAGUAUGUUCCCUCGCUCUGGAGUAACAGAGGAACAUGAAAACAGGGAGAAGCUUCACAAGAUCCUGGACACCAUCACAGACACUUUAAUCUGGUGCAUGUCAAAGAGUGGAAUCCCACCACAGCAGCAGGCCACUCGCCUGGCCCACCUACUCAUGUUACUAUCCCACAUCAGGCAUGCCAGUAACAAAGGUAUGGAACACCUUUACAGCAUGAAGUGUAAGAACAUGGUGCCCUUCUAUGACCUGCUGCUCGAGAUGCUCGAUGCCCAUGUCAUCUACAGUCGCAGAAAGCCAUCGGAUGAUCGCGUCUGCAACCAAUCAAAGCCUGACAACCUCUGACCUUUGUCCCAUUCUUCCUCCUUCCCUCUUUCCCAAUCUCCCGCCAACUCACUCAACCACAAGAAAAUAAACACAAUGA